GUGACCUUCACAUGUGCCUGCAACUUGGAAUCCUGUGAACCGGGUCUGACCCCAAGCUACUCCAACACCGAAGCUGUAUUCUUGUCUCCAUCAGGCAGUGAAGACCAACUGCUACACCCCAUCAAUCCAUUCUGUCGCGCUCGGUUGUCUUAACAAUGCCUAUCCCGUCUCCGCAUUCUAGCCUCGGCUCACUGACAUCUCAACUAAGAAUCUCCCAAGCACUCCAACUAACAUAACCAACGUCUCACCCAAGAAUACGUCCAGCUUGAACACCAUAACCAACACCUCAACUCUCCAAUCUCCAACCAAACACGCAAAUCCAUCCAUCCAUCAUGUCCGACCCAAACUCCCCCAUUCUCCUCACCUACUCCGGCAAAACCGCCAUAAUAACCCUCAACGUGCCCAAAAAGCUAAACGCCCUCGAUGCAGACACCUACUACCUGCUCGCACGCGCCAUGAACGAGGUCGCUGCCCGAGACGACAUCUACAUUACCAUCCUCACAGGCCGCGGCCGUUUUUUCAGCGCAGGCGCAGACGUAACGUUUGGCUCCACAACCGACAGCAGCGCCAUCGACGAGCGCCACCAGUACUUAAAGUCCUUUGUAUCCAACAACCUGCACAUCACACAUGCGUUUUACACACACCCCAAGAUACUCAUCACGGCGCUGAAUGGACCUGCAGUUGGAUUGAGCGCGGCGCUGAUCGCGUUUUCGGAUUUCGUGUAUGCGGCACCUCACACGUUUCUGCUUACGCCGUUUUCGUCGCUGGGCUUGGUGGCAGAGGGGAAUGCGAGUAUAGGAUUUGUGCGACGACUGGGCAUUUCGAAGGCGAAUGAGGCGCUCAUCAUGUCGAAACGCAUCACGUGCGAUGAACUGGUAGCCACAGGCUUCGUCAACAAAGUCAUCAACGCUGGCGUCGAUGUCAAGGAUGAAAGCUACAGUGACAAGUUCCUUGGAGAGGUCAGGAAGGAGGUUGAGGAGAGAUUGGGUGAUCAUCUCAACAGCGAGAGUCUGGUGCUUAUCAAAGAGUUGAUUCAGAAGCCGUAUAGGGAGGCGUUGGAUCGGCAGGGCGUGGAGGAGGUGAUGGGGGGCUUGCAGAGGUUUUUGAAGGGCGUGCCGCAGAAGGAGUUUGCGCGGUUGGCGAGUGGGGAGAAGAAGCAUAAGUUGUAGGCUUUGAAAUGAAAGGGAUAUAGUAUCACAUGUAGCGCGAAUGAAACAUCGCAAGAGUAGGACAUUGCGGAUCUGGAGACA